AUGACGGCCAGACUACGGCGUCGCAGGCGAAGGCAGGACAAGCCUGCCAUUGCGGCCUGCCUCGUCCUCGACGACCACAUCAAGAGCGACGUCGGCAACCUGUCCAGGGACCUCUUUGCAGACCUUUUCCCCCAUCUCGUCGACGACACCUGCCACGAAACCGCCGGCAUCCUCCACGUCGCCGUCUCGCCAUGGACGCCCGAUGCGACCCCUUCCGGCACGGCCUGGUCCAUCGUACCCGUCGUCUCAUCCCCUACCCUCGCCCACUCGACCCUCCAGUUCUCCCCCUCGUCGCCGGCUCUCCAAAGCUUCGCCCUUACCCUGCAACAGCUGGCGCCCUCCAAACUGUCGAGCCAUAGCCGCAGCGGCAUCGAGAUCCUCGUCCUCGACGUCUGCCCGCUGCCCCUCGAGACCGUCUUUGUGAGCCUCGAAAGCGAGGCCACCAAGAGACUAGAGAAUGGCGAGGGCAACUUCUACCGGGACCAUCCCGCCAAUCCUCGCGGCAAAGUCGCCGCGGACACGUCGCCCGAGGAGCUCUUGACGACUGCCAUCAGGUCCUCCCUCGCCAGCCUCGAGGUGGUUCAUGCAGGCGACUUGUUCCCGCUGCCCCUUGCUCCACAUAACGUCACCCACGUGCCGCCCAGUCCCGGCAAGAUAUUGCUGUGCGAGCCAGUGGCCCAGGGCCUCCUCGCCGACUCAACCAAAAUCGUCCUCAUGCGCGGAAGAGUCCAUACGAGACAAGCACGGCGCCAGGCGUCCAUGGCCUCGAGCCAACGCAUCAACGGAACUGCCGAGGACGACGAGGAUGCCCACACCGACCAGUUCUUUUCUGCGGCAGAGGACCGGACUCGCGCAGAUAUGCGCCCCGACGAGACAGAGACCGCCACCGAGACAGAGACGGACCUCUCGGGACUGGAACAAGAUGACGAGCUCUCAGACGACUCCAUGGACGACAUGAUUUCGCUUCAGGCUCCCGCUCUGCCGCCCACCAACGCGAGCGGCGCCGGGACAAUGCAGCCUGGGACGCCAAUGACUGUAGGCACGCUGCGCGGCCGGAGGACAAACGGCGCCGCCACGCCCGCCUCUGUCUUUUCCAACUACACGUCCACGACAGCCAGGCCUGAGCGGCCCCAAGGGCGCUUGUUCAAGGCGCAUGGCCUACUGAGGCAGAUACCCUCGGACUUGCUGCAUCCGAAGCCGGCGUCUGAGGAGGACGAGGAGGCCCGGAUUUACGUCGACAUGUCGUCGCUGCCCAAGAUAGGCUGCUUCUCCGGCGACUGGGCGCGCAUAGAAGCGGCAGAGGAGCCCCCCUUGAACGGCUUUGGUGCCUUUGGCCUCGGAAGCUUCGGCCAGGGGGAGCACGAGACGCUGAACUGGCGGCCGGUGCGAGUGUACGGACUCCCAGAGGGAUACUCGCAGCGGCCCGUCACCCGGAUACCCAGCUCCAGGAACAAUGAGCGGAAAUUGUCCUUCUUCGAGUCCCAGGUGCAGCGCACGUCCAGUCCUGCUGUCUACGCCUCCCCGGUUCUGCUCGCCAAUCUCGACAGCGCCGCCUACUUGCGCAUCUCUGCGCUCAAAAAGGAACCCUACCAGGGGAAAGGGACGCUCCCCCGAUUCACGAGUGCGUCGCACCCUCCGUAUGCCAAGGACAUUGGGGUUCACCACAUUCGCACCCCCAUCUCGGCCGAGCGUGCCUACCAGACUGCCGUUUUGGGUGGCCUCAAGCGCUACUUUGCACGGAAAACACGCCUCGUCCGGACCGGCGACUUGAUCGCCGUGCCCGUCGACGCUCAGCUCGGUCGAGUUCUGCAGGAGGGGCCGGGAGGCAGCGGCUCCGAAGUUAACGACGUCAUGGCAUUGGCCGCCGGCGACAGCAAGGGCUGGCCGCUCUCGCCUCAGGUCGACGGCGUCGCCUGGUUCAAAGUCGGACACAUACAGGUGCAAAGGUCCGACGAGGCAGAGGACGGAACCGCCGAGGCCUUUUGGGGCUCUGUCGCGUGCAUCAACAGCUCCACGGUCGGGAUGCACGGAACUGGGUUCGAGAAGAGUCGCGUUCCACCAAGCAAUCAGAGCACCUGGCCGUACUACCUGGGACUGAGAAAAGCUCCCAGCCGAGGCUCGGAUGCGACAUCGCGGCAGCUCAGGGAACUCAUUGCGGCUGCGACAAGCCAGAGGGCCAUUCACCUCAGGAUGCCCCCGAUUGGCAUCUUACUCACGUCAAGCCAUCGAAACAUUGGCAAAUCGGAACUUGCCAGAACCGCCUGUGCCGACAUUGGUCUACACACGUACUCUAUUGACGCCUACGAUAUCCUGAGCGAGGGUGGAGGCAGCGGCAGCGACGUGAAAACGGAUGGAUUCUUGAGGACCAGGGCUGACCGAGCCAUGAGCUGCGGCUCGGAUUGCUGCGUGCUUUUGGUCCAGCACAUUGAGGCACUGACAGCGGACCGGAUCGAGUCGACGAUGAAGGAGAUUUUGCAAGAGACCAGGGUGCUCAUUGCGACGACCAACGACGUCGACCAGAUACCGGACGGGGUACGGGGCAUCUUCACACACGAGUUGGAGAUGGGCGCCCCGGACGAGGCGGAAAGGGAGGCCAUCUUACGCGCCGUAGUGGAAGAUCGGGGCGUCAGCCUCGAGCCCACCAUCAACCUCAACUCCGUCGCGUUGAAGACUGCCGCCUUGGUGGCUGGGGACCUGGUCGACGUUGUCGAACGGGCCCACGACGGCGCCGUCGUGACGGUCCGAGACGUGCAAGUGUCGGGCGGGCCCUUGGCGCGAUGCCUGACGUGUGCCGACUUCGAUGUGGCCGUCGAGGCCGCGCGUAAGAACUUUUCCGACUCGAUCGGCGCCCCCAAGAUCCCCAACGUGACGUGGGACGACGUCGGCGGGCUCACCAACGUCAAGGAGGCCGUCACCGAGACGAUCCAGCUGCCGCUCGAACGGCCCGAGCUGUUCGCCAAGGGCAUGAAGAAGCGGUCGGGCAUCCUCUUCUACGGGCCGCCGGGCACGGGGAAGACGCUGCUGGCCAAGGCCAUUGCGACCGAGUACAGCCUCAACUUCUUCAGCGUCAAGGGGCCCGAGCUACUCAACAUGUACAUUGGCGAGUCCGAGGCAAACGUGCGGCGCGUCUUUCAGCGGGCGCGCGACGCGCGGCCCUGCGUCGUCUUCUUCGACGAGCUCGACUCGGUGGCGCCCAAGCGCGGAAACCAGGGUGACAGUGGCGGCGUCAUGGACCGCAUCGUGUCGCAGCUCCUGGCCGAGCUCGACGGCAUGUCGGGCGGCGAGGACGCGGGCGGCGUCUUUGUCAUUGGGGCCACGAACAGGCCUGACCUGCUGGACCCUGCGCUGCUCCGGCCCGGGCGGUUCGACAAGAUGCUCUAUCUCGGUGUGUCGGACACGCACGACAAGCAGCUCACCAUUUUGGAGGCACUCACGCGAAAGUUCACACUCCAUCCGUCCGUUUCGCUGCAAGCCAUUGCUGAGCGCCUGCCAUUCACAUACACCGGGGCCGACUUUUACGCGCUGUGUAGCGACGCCAUGCUCAAGGCGGUCACGCGGCAAGCGGCAGCCGUGGACGCGAAAGUCAAGGCCAUCAACACUGAGCGCGCGCACCGCGAGGGCAGCGCCGCCGCCGCCAUCUCGACGGCCUACUACUUUGACCACCUCGCGACGGCCGACGACGUGGCCGUGCUGGUGACCGAGGACGACUUUGGCGCCGCGCACCGCGAGCUGGUUCCCAGCGUCAGCGCGGGCGAGCUGGCGCACUAUGAAAUGGUGCGCUCGACGUUUGAGGGGGCGCGGCGAGGCAAUGGGCCGGGCGGCAAUAGUGGCAGGGUCGGGUCCGGUAGUAGCAGUGUCGCCAGUCGAGCUGGUAGGGGCAAGGGCAAGGGCAAGGGCAAAGCUGUUGCCCCGACGAGCGAUAUGGAGUUUGACGACGACUCCGACGAGCCGGGGCACGGGGGCGGAGAUGACGGCGCGGUCAACGGACGGGCCAGGGGCAAGGGCAAGGGCAAGGGCAAGGGCAAGGGCAAGGCGGCUGCCACGGGGUUCCAGGACGGGACGGCGAGCGACGACGAUGGUCUGUACUGA